AUGUGGCUCUUGCUGCUGGCUGCCACGCUCCGCACGAUAGUUGCCGCGAACUGUUCCCUGACGCAGCCCGAGGACGUCCGCCUCGCCGCCGCGCUUGACCUCGCGACGGCCGGCUGCGGCACGGUGGUCUACACGACGCUAGCCUACGGCCCCGGCACACGCUUGCCGCACCCCGGGACGCGGCUGGCGGAGAUGGCCCGCGAAGGUAGCGCCUGCUACAUCGUCGUCGCCGGCGCGGCGUCCGCGGCAUCGCUCGCGGCGCACUGCGACGUGCGGCCGUGGCGCGUCGUGACCGCGGGCGGCGCGUCAGGCCGGCGCGCCUCGCGCGCAGUCAAGCUCCGGCCAUUGUUAUUUUUCCGGAACGCUCGGUACCUCGUGUUCGUCGACUGGAAGCUGCGGCUGCUGCGCGUGCCUUCUUCGUUGGUCGCUGCAAUGCUCAGGGAUGCGGGCUUUGCCGCGUUCCGCCACCCGUGUACGGCAGCUCACACGCCGCCAACGCGCUCUCCCUGUAACCAUCGGCGCCCUGGCGAUCCCUGGUGGCGCGCCGAAGCGCGGGAGAUCGCGCGCCGCGGCGUCGUCGCGGACGCGGACGCUCUCCGCGUGCAGGUCCAACGCUACUCUCGCGCGGGGCCGCUCGUCGAGUACGUUGACGGCGCGCUGCUCGUUUGGGACGCCAUGCACCCUGUGGCCGGAGCGCUGUCCUGCGCAUGGUGGACCGAGUACAAUCGCGAGGACUCGUCUGACCGCGAUCAGCUGGCAUUUGCGCGGGCAAUCACCGCCAUCAUCCCGCCGAACCCCAUUGACGACCCCGCGCGCUCCUUUGAGGCCUCGACGCGGCGCGGCGGCGUGUUCAUCGUCUCCGAGGGCGGCGGGCGCCCCGGCGCUUGCGGCGGUCUCUGCCACCAGUAUGACUCAACAGGCACUGCCGUCGCACCCGCCGGAGCCCGGGUCCUGCCACCAAGUUCACCGGCACCAGGGCCAUGUGACUCUAGACCCCACGUAAGUAAGUAGCCUACUAGCAGGGAGAACUUGAAGGCUCCGAGUCUUAGGAGCUAGUUCCUUUUUCAAGUUUUCAGAUCCCGCGGCGCCCGGCCCGUGAUGAGAGGGUUCAACAACCCUCUGUUUACAGGAGGAGCUUUAAUGAGAACCCCAGGGGCUGUCCCGAACCUUUGUAAGGCUGACUCUGGUCUGUCAGCUAUGAUUGGUAUCUUGGUCACGGUAGCAAUAUCGUCACACCUAGUGGCUCGCUACAAGAUACCUCCUUAUACUUGCUCGUGUCCCAUAGCGCUCCGAUUGUGAGAGCGCAGGACUAAGGAGCAAGAAUUUUUGGCCCUCCCACCGUGACCCCGGGCCUAUAGUUGAGCAAUUUCCAGGAAAUGAAAUCUAGAGGGGUGGAAAUUUCCGAAAUUUCCGGAAAUUUUCUUUCCCCUAGUUGCCAGACCCCGUGGUACUGACUGUUCGACCUGUCGCAAAUCUGUAUGAUUUGUUGGCGAGCUAAAUUGUCUUACCAAUUUAGCUCAGGCACUGCCAAAGGGGCUUAUGGUAAUUCCCCUAAAGGUGGGGUUUUCCCCGGAACUUCUUGUUCAACCUUUGAAUCCAAUCAGUGGAUCGUUGUAAUCCCGCGGCGCCCGUGAUGAGAGGGGUCAACAGCCCUCUGUUUACAGAAGGAGCUUUAAUAAGAGACCCAAGGGCUGUCCCGAACCUAUGUAAGGCUGACUCAGGUCUGCCAGUGUCAGCUAUGUUUUGGUAUCUUGGCAGCAAUAUCGUCACAUCUAGUGGCUCGCUGCAAGAUACUUUCUUAUACUUGCUCGUGUCCAACAGCGCUCCGAUUGUGCGAGCGCAGGACAAAGGAGCAAGAAUUUUUGGCCCUCCCACCCUCCCUUGGUUGUUUUGGCGCGGGGGCGCGUGGUCCGGGGUCCCUGGGGUUGGCGCCCGUUGUGGCAACGGCCUCUUUUCCACUUAUAAAUCUCCCAAAAUUUUAUCUUAGCUUCACUAUCCUAGUCUCACUUAUCUUGGUUAAAUACCCGGAUAGAGUAGGCCUAGUGAAUACCACGGUACUGGUUCGGCAGGCAGGCAGGCAGGCAUGGGGAUACAGCCUCGUUUCAAGGGAUAAAAUACACGUCAUGGGCGCGAAAAUGUAAUAGACAAUCACAACGAUUGGUAUAACGAGCAUAGUUACCGUUAAACCAUGGCGUCGAAGCGCGGGUAGCAUGGGUAGCAUAAGCCUGAUCUUUGCGGCGCUUGCCGCCGCGGCGACGUCGCCCCGGCAAUCGCAUCGCGAACUCAAGCUGACGUCGCGCGUCGACCAUGCGCCGCCGGAGGAGAGUUUGAAUUAUUGGAGGUACGUGGUCGACGACGGGCUCGAGAACCCCGAGGCGCUCGCCGCGGCGGACCUCGACGGCGACGGGCAGCCCGAAAUUAUGGUGGGGUCGGAGCCUGACGUGACCGUGCACCGCGUCGGCGCGGGCGGCGCGACCGGGACGUGGGUAAGGAGCGUGGCGGCGACAGCGACCGAGCCCGGCGAAGACCUGACGUUUGACAACGUGUUCACCACGCUGUGCCCGGCCGACCUCGACGGCGACGGCGACGUCGACUUCGUCGCCGGAGGGCUCGAGAACGUGAUCCUCGCGUGGUACGAGAACGCGGACGGGGCGGGCGAGACGUGGCGCGCGCGGGUGAUCCUGGCCGACAUCGACGAGGGCACGUGGGAGGUCUCGGUCGGCGACGUGGACGGGGACGGGGACCUCGACGUGCUGACCGCGUCGCGGUGGAGCCGCGCGACCAUGGUCGCGUGGUACGAGAACGACGGCAACGCGACCGGCUGGACGGAUCGCGUGGUGUCGGACCGCUUCCCCACGCGGGGCGCGACGGGCGCGGCGACCGCCGACGUGGACGGGGACAACGUCAACGACGUCGUCGUCGCGGCGGUGGACGACCAGUACAUCGUGUGGUUCCACGUGGACGACAUACGAACCGAUCGGGAACUUUGGUCGUACGAACCGAUCGUAGAGGGGGUCCAGGUCCCCGUCGACACGUGGGCCGGCGACUUCGACGGCGACGGCGACGUCGACGUCGUCUGCGCGACGACCGGCGACGGAAAGGUCACUUGGUACGAGAACCUGGGGUCCUCGAUGGGCGACGCCUCCUGGGCGACCCACCACAUCGCCACCGACGCGAGGAGCGUCAAAGAAAUAUUCGUGGGCGACGUCGACGACGACGGCCAGCCGGACGUCCUCAGCGCCAACUUCGAGGACGGCGCCGUGGUGUGGUACCAGACGUUUGUCGUCGACGGAACGCGGACCUGGACCGCCGGCGCCGUCGUCGACGACGUCCCCGGCGCGAUAGCCGUCGUCGGGGCGGACGUCGACGGCGACGGCGACUUGGACCUCGUCGCCGUCGACCGAGCGUCGCUGUCGAACGCCGAGGCGGCUGACACGGCGACCGACUCGGUGACGUGGUACGACAUGCACCUCGUGCCGUUUCCGACGGCGUCCCCCACGAUCACGUUCAAGCCCACGGACGCGCCCUUGCCGCUUCCGACGCCCCGACCCACCGCCUUGCCCACGCCGGUGGACCCGCUUCGGCCCACGCACGCUCGGACGCUGGUGCCGACUUGCCUGCCGACGCAAGCGACGCUUCCGCCCACGCCCUUCGACUUCUACAAGCACUUCUUGAAAAGAUACCGAGAACAGCUCGCCAUCGCCGCCCUCGCCGUCGUGGCCGCCUUCGCCAUCCGCGCCUUCGUCUUGGCGAUCAAACCCUGCGUCCUGCGGAUCGAACCCUACUACAUGCCCGCCAUCACCGCGGCCCACAAGGAAUGGCUCAAGUCGGACGUCCGGAAGUUCCUGUGCUACUGCUGCCCCGAGUGCUGCCGCGGGCGGCCACCCGAGGACCCGCUGAACCCGCGCGACGGCGUCAAGCUCGCGGGCGACUAUGAGAUUCCCGUGCGCGUCGUCUACGACGAGCCCCGGGGCCGCGGGAAGAUCGAGCUCAUCCACACGGGCACCCGGGAAAUCACGUUCUUCCAGAAGGGGGAAUACUACUCUUGCUACUCGUAA